AUGUCUUUAACAUCGAUUCCCCCAAGCGUCGCUGAGAUUUGAAAUCAACGGUUCAGAUCAAAACAAUCUAUUCAACGGUUCAGAUCGAUUCUAAAUCUUCUCCUUCUAUUUUUUAAGGCUUCCUUCGAGAUCCUUCUUCUCCAGAAAGCCCUAGAAGAAGAAACGGAAAGCUGCGAUCGGAAUCAAUGGCGGAUGAACAUAAGCAUGCAGAAUCUUCACCAGCGGUGGAGGUUGUAGAGAGAGAAUCGUUGAUGGAGAAGUUAUCGGAGAAGAUCCAUCACAAAGGUGAUUCGUCUUCAUCAGAUGACGAGAACGAGAAGAAACCAUCGUCUUCUUCGUCUCCGAGGUCUUUGAAAUCGAAGGUUUAUCGUUUGUUUGGUAGGGAGAGACCUGUUCAUAAGGUUCUCGGCGGUGGAAAACCGGCGGAUAUAUUUAUGUGGAAGAACAAGAAGAUGUCAGGUGGUGUAAUUGGUGGUGCUACAGUAGCUUGGGUGCUCUUUGAAUUGAUGGAGUAUCAUCUUCUUACUCUAUUGUGUCAUGUUAUGAUCGUUGCUCUUGCUGUGUUGUUUCUAUGGUCUAAUGCCACCAUGUUUAUUCAUAAGUCACCACCAAAGAUUCCUGAAGUUCAUAUCCCUGAAGAACCUCUUCUUCAGCUUGCUUCGGGUCUCAGAAUCGAAAUCAACCGUGGUUUCUCUUCUCUUCAUGAGAUUGCAUCUGGAAGGGAUAUCAAGAAGUUCCUCUCUGCAAUUUUUGGAUUGUGGGUUCUAUCCAUCUUGGGCGGCUGCUGUAGUUUCUUGACAUUGGCGUACAUAGCUUUGGUUCUGCUCUUCACUGUUCCUCUUAUCUACGACAAGUAUGAAGACAAAAUAGACCCAUACGGUGAGAAAGCGAUGGCUGAAUUGAAGAAGCAAUACGCUGUGUUUGACGCAAAGGUUUUGAGCAAAAUCCCAAGGGGACCUUUGAAGAACAAGAAGAAAGAUUAGUUUUUUUUUUUGGGUUUUGAGUGUAAUGCUCACAAUACUCUGGUUUUUUUAAAUGUGGGUUUGUGUUGUGAAUUGGUAAAUCUAAAUAGUUUAUGUGUUAGCUCUCAUUCCGCAUUUUACUUUAAGAUCUUUGCUUCUUUAUUUUGAUUUUGUGGUUAUUUUGGUGUUGUGGGAAGGAGGACAAAAUUUGCAGUUGUUCUCUUGGUCUAUAUAUAUUUAUCUUGGUCGA